GUUCUAUUUAUAAUUAUGUAUAUGUGCAAGCAGUUAUUGACUGAUUCUUUGUAUUUAGCUUCAAUAUAUUCUAUAAGGAAUGUAUUGUGCAUUGUGUGCAUUUCUCUGCUGAUGGUAGAAAAAUUUGCAGAUUGUGUCUAGACAAAUAAUUAAGACAUUUUGAAAGUAUUAUGUUCCUAUAGGAACAGUGACUUACAUGUGCUGAACUUACUAGUGCAGUCAUUACCAUGUAAAUUUAGAUGAAUAUACCUAUCAUGCUAGUGGAAAGAUGAUGUGGUGUAAAUGAAAGUACUUUCAAAUAACACUAGUACAGACAUUUUAACAAAUAUUAAAUAUUAACACAAAAAUCUUUUGAGAGUAGAUGUUACCUUAAAAUUAGAAUUUCACAAGAAUCUUCAUUGCAACAAGUGCGAAGAUGCGGAAGAUACGCCUAUCAGACACCGACUUGCAGUUGUUUGACUCAGAGAUAUCGCCCCAUGACUAUAUUUUCUUCACAAGGCACAAGGAGGCCUUUAAAAACAUGUUCAGGGACCAGGGCAAGUCUUUCUGGAAACGGUUUGAGAUCACGUUCCGCAACUUCACAAUGAAGCACGGCAUCAUCCAACAGAUGAAGCUGGACAUGCAGAAGUUCUGCCACCCAAUUGACGAUGCUUUCAUACUGAUAGAAGAAGAAUUUGUAGGCGCAAAAGUAAACAUGGCAAAAAACUUUAUAGAGGACAUAGCUCGGCUUGCCCAGAAUCAGGAGAGAUUCCCAGACCUUGACUCAAAAUCAUUUGCUAAAGACCCAUUCUACCACAGAGAAACGCGAGAGCUUUUCAGGAAAUUUUUUGGACCGCCUGAUCAAAAGUCAUCAUAUAUGAAGGUUUAUAUUCUGAGCCCUGUGUAUCUUCGCUUUGGUGGCUCUGUCUGCCGCUGCUUGACGAAAUGGAUGGAGGCGCCCAAUAUGGAGGAUCCCAAUGACGACUCAUAUUGGGUCAUUCAGCAACCUCUGACUGAAGAACCCCCCAUUCCUGUCCCGAACGGAAUGUGUAAAACUUGCGUAACUUUAUGUGACGAGAAAUUUCAUUUUGAAACAAUAAAGGGUUCAAAAGACAAACCCAUUCAUGUAAAAUUUUGGAAAUUUGGGGACCCUCGUUUCAAUGAUGAAAAUAAUCCACUUUAUUCUCCGACGUCCUGUCCACAAAACAGCUGGAAUGAGACGCUUACUAAAGAGUCUUACAGAGAAUUUUAUCAUUAUUGUCGUUCCACUUACGCGUCCGAAGAUGAUGUAUGUCCAGGAUGCACACAUUUAUCAAAGAAAGAGGAAGUCGAUCAAGGUGGCAAGAAGAAAAAGAAGAAAGCAAAGGCAAAACCGAAGGAUGAAAAGGAAGAACUGGUCAAAGAUUUGAAUGCGGUCAAGGAGAAAUUAUUUGAAUGUGCGCGGACAGGAGCAAACAUGGAAGAAAACGUGGAAAAGCUGAUAUCCCAGAAACCUAGGCUCCUUGGCGUUGUAAACGAGACAGACAACGCUCAGCCACUCCAAGAGGUGAGAAGGAAGCUCCAACUAGAAGAGCUCCACAAACAGCAGAUGUUGGAGGUACAGAAGAAAGAGGCUCAGGCUAAAGCCAAGCGGGAUGCAGAAAACCACACAGCUGAGUACCUUGUGGCUGACCCGGACCGGCCUGGAACGCUCAUGAUCAGGCGGCGUUGCGACUUCAAGUCAGAAGAAGAGUUUUUGGAGAGAACCCAGUUCAAAAUUCCCGAUGGCUAUGAUUCAAGUAACCCGGAAGCAUUGACCCUGAAAAAGAACCCGGAUGGUACACUUUCUUUGGACUUCAAGAAGAAUCUGGAGCUGGUGACUGCUUUUCAGGUUGUCAAGGUGCUUGACCGUACCCAGGGCUCCAUUGUUGUCAACAUCACACCUGCUUCACCAAAGAAUGAGAAAGUGGGUGCAGGUGAGAGGCAGCUGGAGCGGCGGGGAAAGUUAGACAUGAACACUCUCAAUGAGUUCAUCUUGACCCCACAGUACUUGAAGACUCGUAUCCCAGGGUUACCAGAGAGGUUUGAGUGGUGGGAGGGGAAUGGUUUUGUGUACGCAGUCAUUGACUACCGGGAAGAAGAACUGGACCAAAAAGAAUGCACAAACUUUACCCUGAAAGUCAGCGGAUUUGAAGAAAUUCUAAUUAAAAGAACGAUUAUAAUUUUGCUGGAGUACAUAGCGCGACGUAAGAGUGAGUCGUGCCCUGGCUGGGUGAUGUGUAUGGAGGAUGUGGCGGCCUGUCUCAUGCCUGAGAGACUAGUGGACGUGGAGGACCUUAAGGUCUCCAUCAUACAGGGAUGCAGGUUCGAAAUACGCCUGAUGCCCUUGGAGAAAAUGUCCCUCGCAAAACAUUAUCCUGACCUGAACACAUCUGUUGAGCUGAUGGGACUGUUGCAAGGCUUUGCCAAGGUGUGUCUGGAGAACAACGGCUUCAGAGAGAAGCUUCGAGAACUCAUAGAUGUGGUGGCUGACAGGGAGGUAUUCACCAAAGAUCUGCCUGUCAUUGAUGUCCAAAAACUGAAGGAAAAAUAUAAUGGAAAAGAACCUACACGGUCGGACAUUCUGUGGGAACAAGCAGUAGCUGACCCUGAGAAAUUUGAGUUUUUCACACUUGUGGAGAAAGAAUGUGAGGAAGAUUUUAUCCUGCUCGGAAUGAGAAUUGUCAGCAUUCCACAAUACCUGGACGUCAAAAAUCCGGCCAUGAAAAUAUGCCCGAUGUGUAAGUUAGUGAACAAGUGUCAGUGCAAGGGACCGCGAGAGGUGGACCAGAAGACCAUGGACGUAUUCAACAAAAUGGGGCUUUUUGAUCGGCUAAUGAUCCUCGAUGCAAAAGGUCUAGAGAACAUGAUAUAUUACGAAGAUGAAAUUGGCCUGGAUGAGCUAGAUUUGCACUCUUUGAAUAGGACACAAGAGCGUACAGGUUUGACCGGACCUGAUAAAAAGAAAACUCCUCUUUUUACUGAAGAUGAUGAAGACAGCUGGAGAGAGCAGGUUAAAGUUGUUCAGCCAAAUUACACUGUGAAAUUUGGAGAAUACAUGACUUUGGACAGAUAUUCGCAACUGUACAAAACAAAUGGAGCCCGGUACUUUGGUGAACAUCUGGAAACCAGCGAGCAACAAACUCUCAAAGAACUGGACAGUGAAAUGGACGAAUACAAGAACAAAUUUGGACAGAUUUCAUCGAACAAGUUAACUGUUGCCUCAGAUAACCAAAAUCAGAAUAAGGAAGCAAAUGUUGCCUGGACAGAAUCAACUUCCCCACAAUCAGCGUUUAAGAAAGUGCACAGUGUUACCGUGGGGCUGAAAGAGGCAAGUGCCUUCCUUACGGACAACACCAUGUUCAUUGUAGAUCGGCUAGCUGAACCGCUGCGGGAGAUAGAUCAUAAUGAGUUGGUCCGUAAGGUGCGCAAUAGCAAGGACCCAGGUACAUCGUUGAAUAAGAAGUUCAAGAACCAGGAAUACACAGUGAGCUCACUGCCAAUUCUGAUGUUUGAGGACAGCCCCAAACCUGAGCAUGUCUGGGCAGACAUUGGUGUCAUAGGAACAAAGUCUUUCCUUUUUACCCAUCGCGCCUGCCCUGGACCAACUUGUGACGCACAUCGUCCCAGGGGCACUAGAGCUCGCAGAAUAGAAGAAAACCCGGACUGUGAGUUCUGUACACGGCGGGUCAGAACAGAAAAAAUCAUUCAUCAGCUGUUACGGCAUGGUCUGGAUCCGGAUUUAGCCAGACACAUGUCAGUUUCCAUGAUGGAAGCAGAGGAAAGAGACAUGGAUCGAUUUAGUCGUCUGAACAGAAACAACAAGGGCAAUAAAAAAAGGGGGAAACGGUCAAAUUCUCCUCCAACACCAGCUCCCAGUGACACAAAAUGUCCGUCUCCACCAAGUAAGGAAGAUUUAAUGAAGUUUCAGGAACUUCUUGCAGAUUUACAUAGGCUUCGUGUGGAUGAAGCUAAAAAGAAGAGGAUGGAAGAAAUUGCUUUAGAGAGAGCCCAGAGGAAAGCUCUGGAAGCGGCUGCUAUGGAUGAAGGGACGGUGUUUCUAAGGGAGUCAUUUGUGAAUGGGCAGCUUGUCGUGGAGAAAAUGGACAUGAAAGCAGAGCUAGGACUGUACGAUGAUGAUAGAAUAGACGAGAAGGAAGAAACAGGGAAAGCAGUUGAGAAUGGGAAGGGUAGACAGGAGGAAGUGGACAAGAAUGGUAAGAUUUUGCCAGGAGAGAAGAAGAAGAAGCGAAAGAAGGCAGCUCAGAAGGGGAUUAUUGUUGGAGACAGUCCUAGCUUCAAGCAGUGUGGGAAAUGUGGCAAGAUGGAACAGAAAAAGAAGCAAUUUCAGAAAUGCAAAAAGUGUGUGGAUGAAGGGGUGAUGGAAGUGAGGUAUUACUGCUCCAAGGAAUGCCAAGUUGAGGACUGGAUGCUAAGACACAAGGUGGAGCACAGUGAUGGACUUCUGGGAUAGAUAUUUACCUUCACUCAAGGUCAGCUGGUUACCAUAGCAACAGUAACCAUAGUUACAGUUCUGAGAGUGGGACAACAGCCGAAUGAUGUUAUCCAGAAGUCACAGAAACCAAACGUGGUUUAUUUUAUGGAACUAGAACUUUUCUUUAUUUCAUAAAAUAUGACAGUUAUAAUUGUAAAUAUGAUAUUAAUAAUUGUUUAUUGUUUACUUUUGAACUACAGUCCAAAAGCGAUGCGACAAAUUGGAAUACAACAAAAUGACAGGACAUUUUGAAUAAAUUGCAUCUGAAUUCCCUAAAUAUUUAACUACAACAAGAUGUAAUUUAACAAUAGCAUAAAAAGUUGGGAUUCUAUAAUGUUUAAUUUCAUCCCUUUGUUAAAUUGCAAAUUUAUGAUAUUUCUUGAUGUUACGGAUGGGUUUGCCUUCUUGAAUUUUCUCAUCCUGUUGUGAAGAUGUUCACACUUAACCUAAUCGUGGAUUUGUUAAACAGUAAUACAUGUAUCUUAUGGUCGUCGGUCAUUCAGGGUUUCCCUAAGGCCAUGAUGGCAUGUUGCUUCCAAAAUCCCUUGUAAAUCAGGGUAGGAUGACUAUUAUUUUCCAGAAGUGUCAUAAGUGUAAAGCAAUAAACCUGAAGGAAGACCCCAAUCUGCACAUGGAUGGCUCCCUUGUUUAAUAAUAAUGGAUUAGAUGAGGGUUAAUGGAUUGUCAAAGAUAAUUGGUUUCAAUUCCAGGUUGCAACUGAGACAAUUAAGCCAAACAAAGUCAAGUCUCUGUUUAGCAUCUGCGGGCGGUAGGUUGUCUGAUGGGUGACUGUAAAGACAAAAACAUUUCGAAAAUGUGAAAAAUAAAGUUAUAAAAAGUUAAGCUAAGUAGGACCAUGUUAUAUCUGUAUAAUAAACUAUUAACAAACUGUUGACUGCAGAUAUAACCAUAGUAGAAACAUUAAAUGUCUGUAUAUUUGUAGAUGGAUGUAUAUGUUGAUUUAAAUUUAACAAGUAAUAAAACGAUACAUAAAAAAAACUAAUUGUAUGUAAGUUUUAUUUGUUCACAGUUAAUAAUCCAAUCAAAACAUUUUGAAAGUAAAAAUGCUUCAUGACUUCUGAGUAGCUAUGUUACAAAUAACUUAAGCAAUCAUUCAAAAUAUGAAAGACACAAUACUAUAAAAGAUGCAACUUUAGGAACAAUUUUAAAUCUCCCUUGUAUCACGUUUUGACUGUAAAUGCAUUAAUCGUAGGCCUAUCAAUGUAUAACAUAUGAUUAAAUGAAUAAAUCAGAUUUGUUUGCACACAAUUUUGACAAUUUGAAUUUUCUUUAUUGCUGGUAUUUCAAUAUUUAUAGGUUAUUUGUAUGAUGAUAUUUAAACUUUAAAGCAUUGCACUGUAGCCCAUGAUAUAUGUUUUAUAAAUGUUUAUAUUAUUGUUUCUUAUGGUAAAGGGUUUACUUUUUAUGUCCCCCACCACUAUAGUGGGGGACAAAUUGUUUUUGUUCUGUCUGUUUGUUUGUUUGUUUGUUUGCGCCAACUUUAACAUUUGCAAUAACUUUUGCAGUAUUGAAGAUAGCAACUUGAUAUUUGGCAUUCAUGUGUAUCUAAUGGAGCUGCACAUUUUGAGUGGUGAAGGGUCAAGGUAAUUCUUCAAGGUCAAAGAUUAAAUAUAUAGCUUCAAAGCACCGCAAAAGCAUGUUUUCUCAUGUUUAUUAUUCGUUUGUUCUUGAACCAUAAGCAUGUAUUUAAUGUUUGAUCAAUUAAGCUUAAUGCAGCAGUAUUUUUGCCAAUAUGUUUGUAUACAUGUAUUGAAAUUGCACUUAACAUUGUAAUCAUUAUGAUAUUGUUUUUAAGUUCAUCAUGUACUUCUUAUUGGUUUAUUGCUCAGAAAAUACUUAUCUUAUUUCAGUAAUACACGUACAUAAGCAAACUUAUUUAUUACGAAAAGUUGUUCAUUAGUGACACUUGCUUAUAACGACAUCCUGUGUUAUAGAAAUUGUUUCUGUCAUUUAUCUUAGCUUUAUAAAGUCCUAGAUAUUUACAUUAAUUGUGAAUUAAAAAAUGAAUUAAGCAUUAAAUUCCUUGACUUGGUAAAGUUUCAAAUAUCUGAUAAGUCUUGGGUACCUGAAGUAUACUGUUGUCACAUUAAAAAAUUUACUCUUGUUUCGUGUGGUUCGUGUAAUCAGUGCAUUAUUUGUUCUUUUGAUGAGUGUUUGGUCAGCUGAACAAACAUAUCAUAUAUUAUGUACUUUGUCUUUGGUUGGGGGAGGGGGGGGUGAGUGCUGAGUAUUGGUCGCGUUUGUCACUUGACAAUUAAUUAUACAAGGAUUUGGCUUCUGAAUUUACAUUUAAGAAUUUUUAAUUUGUGGACAUGUUCCUUUCAACCCAAUAAUAAAUAUAAUCAGAAUGUAACUCUUGUGCCUGUUUGUCACUGCUCAUGACAUGUUUACUCUUCAUACUUUUUAAAAGUGAAUUAAAUGAACUAUUGGUCAGUAUUAUCUUUUACUUUAAGACCAGGGUAUGUUAAUUUGUUAUUAAUUAAUAAGUAUUCAAGAAAUGUUAGAUACAAAUGCGUUUUUUUUUGUAGGAAAAUAUUCUUUGACAUCUGAUACGCAUACUGUAUGCAAUCUUUGACAUUAAUUUUUGUGUAUUGUACAUGGUAGUGUGAGCUUUUGGCAGGGAUAUUGAUAAUCAAAAUAAAAUAUUAAUAGUAAAA